AUGCUCCUUUAGUGCUCGCCUCCGUGCGCAUGUUCACUGGGCGUCCUCCCAUCAGCCCCUUUGCCAGUGUGGGGAACGCGGUGGAGCUGUGAGCGGGCAACUGGGGUCCGUGAGGUCUGGAUUCUUUCUCUCCUACUGAGACACAGCGGACACGGACACACACACACACACAGAGCCAGUCCCAGGAGCCCAGUAAUGGAGAGCCCCAAGAAGAGGAACCAGCAGCUGAAAGUCGGGAUCCUACACCUGUUCAGGAGACAGAAGAAGAUCAGGAUAGAGCUGAAAUCCAAGUGCGUGACAUGGAAGGUGAUCUGCAAGAGCUGCGUCAGUCAAAGACCGGGGUUAAAUCUGGAUUUGGGUGCUGGCAUCAAGGUGAAGAUUAUACCCAAAGGAGAACACUGUAAAAUGCCAGAAGCAGGUGAAGGGCAACCACAAGUUUAA